AUGUCGAACAACAGCGCGUAUGCGGUGCCGCAGGUGAAGAAGACUAGCACCUCCACAUCAUCAAAAACAGUCUUCCACUUCGCCGCCGGCCUCUGCUCUGGCCUUACCUCCUCCAUCCUCCUCCAGCCAGCCGAUCUUCUCAAGACCCGGGUCCAGCAAUCCGGGAAAGCCAACGCGCUCCUCCCAACCCUCAAAGCCAUUCUCUCCUCUCAAAAUCCUAUCCGUAACCUAUGGCGUGGAACGCUUCCCUCCGCCCUUCGCACGGGCUUCGGCUCUGCCCUCUACUUCACCAGUCUGAAUGCCCUACGCCAGACGAUCGCCCAAGCCAAUCCUCCUCUCGUCCUAUCAAAUACAUCAACCACCGGCAAAUCCUCCUCCGCUCUCCCCAAACUCUCUAAUACGGCCAAUCUGGCUACGGGCGCCGUCGCCCGCGUCGCCGCGGGAUUCGUGAUGAUGCCCGUCACCGUACUCAAGGUACGCUAUGAGUCAGAUUUCUACGCCUACCGCAGUCUCUGGGGCGCGGGCCGCGAUAUCGUACGCACCGAGGGUAUGCGCGGUCUCUUUGCAGGCUUUGGCGCUACAGCAGCUCGAGACGCCCCCUAUGCCGGCCUUUACGUACUUCUCUACGAGCAACUAAAACGCCGGCUUGCAUCAAUGACCACGACCAACUCCGACGGGACCCCUCUGGCAGGCGUGUCCUCGUCUUCUAUCAACUUUGUCUCCGGUGCCUCGGCAGCCGGUCUCGCGACCGCUAUCACAAACCCCUUCGACGCCGUCAAAACGCGACUGCAAUUGAUGCCCGCCAAAUACGGCAACAUGGUCCGGGCAGUGCGCUUAAUGAUUCAUGAGGACGGCAUGCGCAGUCUCUUCGGUGGUCUAGGCCUGCGUAUGGCUCGCAAAGCAUUGAGUUCUGCGCUGGCCUGGACGGUCUAUGAGGAACUCAUCCUCCGCGCCGAGAAGCGAUGGGCGGCUAAUCAUCAGAUGAGUUUGUAG